AUGGGGAGACCACUCCAAGUACAAGAUGGCAGAGCGUUCGCCAAGAAACUACAGCUGAGGCAAGAUGUCACACAAUACUGUUGCUGAUGUGAAGCUCGAACAGGUUAUAGGAGCCCUUCACAUUCUCUUAAGCCCAGAUCUAGACAAGGGAAGCCAGUCAGAUAAAGUUACUGGAACAAGAGACACAGUGUUGCAGAAACUUCAGAGAAACAUUCAAAACCUCGAAAUUCAUCUUUCAGAAAGCAAUCAGCAGCCUUUGCAAGUAUUACUUAGUGAAGAAACAGUGAUCCACAGACACUUUAAGGCAAGCCAAAGUGUAGAAUGGGUAUUUGUUUUCAAAGUAUUGGAGCUUCUGAGAGUGGCAUGUUUAUUAUUGCUACACCUGCAGAAGGAAGCAGCCCAGAUUACCCCAGAAAGUUCUGAAGAAGUGAGGAGCAAAGUAAGAGGGCCAGAUCAUCCUAAGUAUGCACCUCCUCUGGCUAAAACUACGUUGAGCAUCCAGCAGACAAACACAAUAAGAUCAGCAUUGCAGUUUGUGACUUUUCUAGGUAUGUGCCCUCACUUUUUAGCAGGCGUGGGCAUACCGGUGCAGUUGCGAAGCAAGGCCACCAUCCUUUUUUCAACUACUCCAGAUGAUGUGAACUGUAGAGAGGAGAGCAUGGAAUCAAAGAGGGCAAAGCUCUGGCUUUGCACCUCCACAUUAAUCACAAUGUUGGAGGUACCAGAGCUGCGUGGGUUGAUUAUGGUUGGCCAUGUGAAUGAUGUGCUUGCAGCCUUACUACAGCUUUCGUUUGGUUAUUCAGACAUGGAAUCUACAGACACUCAGCCUUCAGGGAUUGAAAGUGAGGGUUCUUCUGAAGACCAUUGUAUGUGUCCUGUCUCUGCCUUCAGCUAUGAAGAGAAAAACAAAGUAGACAGGUGCUUUGAUGGACAGACCUCUGGAUUGCAGACUUCUGUUAAGGAUGAGCUCAGACAAGACAGAUGUAUCACAUGGAAUGUUUCUAAGUGCAGAGAGGCUUUGGAAAAAGUUUUGGCCAUUGCUAAUCCUGAUCAAGUUGUUAGAGAACUUCUGGUCAUUCAGAAUGGGAUUCCUCAAAAUUUAAAGGACCUGCCAGGAGCACCAAACCAACCACCUGCCUGGUUGAAAAGAGCAUGCGUAAAGUACUUGGUUAAAAUUUUAAGUGGUCCAAAGGGAAUUCAACAUUUGUAUGCUGCUAUGAUGGCAGGUGUGGAUCCAAGCUCUCCUUCACAUUGGCAGCAUUGCCAGACUCUUGCCAGACUUGCAGCACGACUCCCUCUACCACGUCAACAAGUAGAACAAUAUGUUCAUUCCAUUUCUCAACAGCUGUUUGAGAUCCUUCAUGCUAAUGAAGGAGCUAGCAAGCUCCAAGUGUCCCAGCUGAUUGGUUCCAUUGUGAAUGAGAUGAUGAUGGUCCAUAGGCAGCAUAUCGAACUCUUCUUUCUACGGCCUCUGCUAGGGCCUUUGUAUAAGUGUCUUGAUGACAGUGCUGUUGAGGGCAAGGACCAUGUGAUUGUCAGAGAAGAGGAACUGAGCACAUGCUUGGAGGAUAUGCAGAAGGUGUAUGUGAAUGGUCAGCAGCCUCAAGCAAGCAUCCUGUCCACCUUGCAGCCAGUGAUGGGUGCUUUGUGGGCGUUAUUUUGUUUUACUCAAGAUGGUGUCUCCAGUGUAAGGCGCAUUGUUCGGGAGCUUAUUAUAAAGUUCCUCAAAAACCUCAGCUGUGACCAAGCAGCAGUGCUUCUACAGCAUUUCUCUAUCAGCCAUACUGUAGGAGCCACUGAAGGAAACUUUCCUUCUGUUGCUCUGUCAGUCAUCUUUGUUCAUGGCAGCCACGGUGGCAUAAAAGCUGUUAGGACAAAUGGUGAAAGGAUUUUAAAGUUAGGUGAAGACAGCCAAAUAAAUGCUGUCAUAGACAUUUUGAAGGACAUGAAAACAGAUGGAGUGGCAGGUGAACUGCUGGUGUCUCUACUAAAGGAACUUACAGAGAUAGUAUCCAGGGAGACGCAGCAGGCAGGGGUGGUGUUGCCUGCCAGAGUUGAAAGGUUAGAAGUUAAGGUUGAGAAAGAAAAGGAGCUGAGGAAGAAAGUGACCCUUCUACACCUGCUGGCAUCCAUCUGUGAGACAUUUGGCUCUGAAUGUCUGGUGAAACCAUCUCAGAUCCUUCUUUUUGUUAAGGCCUCUCUGGAAAGGGCAGUAACCAUUUGUCAAGGCAUAUCGGAGCGGGAGAUGGCCAUUUUUGAGUCAGAGACUAUGUCCAUGGCUCUUGGGCUUCUAACAGCGAUCUUGGCAGGUGCAGUGCUGAUAGGUGAAACCGAGAGAAAUCUCCUAGAUGAAAUGAUGCCACAGUUGAGCAUUAUAGGUCAAGGUCAUCCUGAUGAAUCUAUCCGAGAAAUGGCUGGAGAUCUACGGAUAGCUAUUGCAACAAGAGGUGCUGUCUGGCCAACCCUCGAAGAAAAGAAGCAAAAAGAACAGGAAAUAAGUAAACAUCAGCUAGUUAUGGAGGAUAGUGUAAAACUCACGACAAAGAUGCAACAUCCAACCUCCUUCACCAAAACACUAAUUGAAGAGCUACCAGAUCCUCCUUCAGUGAUUCCUGCUGUAGAUUCAUUUCAAGCAGCCUCUCAUAAAUCAUCUAGUGUUCAAAAUUCAAACACAGUCAGUGGCCAGUCAGCAAGAUCAAAACUUGCAGAGGCCUUUGAACAGUUGUGUGAUCCACUGUUGCCAGUAAGAGGUCAUGCUUUGAUUACUCUUACAAAACUUGUGGAAGCCAGAGACCCAGAAACUUUGUCAAAGAAAGAUGUUGUGCAGAAAAUAUUUUAUGAGAAUAUGCAACACGGAGAUUCUUACCUAUACUUAACAGCAAUCAAUGGAAUGAGUGCCUUAGCAGACAGAUUCUCAGAAUCAGUGGUGCCAGUUCUAGCUGCAGAAUUUGCUGGGUUUAAUCGACAAAAGUCUAAUCCCAGUGCAGGCCAGAACAUGCUGACAUCGGAGCACAGGUUAAAACUUGGUGAGGCCCUCAUGAAGGCAACAAGAAAUCUAGGGGAGCUGGUGCCCAAGUAUCGUGAGGUGCUGCUUGCAGCUGUGAUGACUGGUACGCAUGAUGAAGAUCCCAUUGUGAAAGCCAGCAGCUUGUCCAAUCUUGCUGAACUUUGUCGUCUUCUUCGUUUUUCUCUUGGACCAGUUCUCCAUGAGGUGUUUAAUUGCUGUAGCUGCUUCCUUGUCAAUGAGCAAGACUUAGUAAGGAGAGCAGCCUGUAUGACCCUGACAAAGAUUUUGGAAGGCCUGGAUAAAGAUGCCCUCACAGUACUGGACUGUAUACUAAAAGAUUUGUACCAUUUGCUGAAGAAGCUACACGAGAGAGAUCCUGAUAAAACUGUUAGGCUUCACGCCAAUAUGGCACUCGUCCAGCUAGACACAAUGGCUAGAAACUUUUUGUUUCCUAAGCAGACAUUGCAGAAAAAAAUACAAGUUCUGUCCAAUGAGGACACCUACAGAUGAUGUCCUCUUGACUGAGUGAAAAAAGAGUUUGUUAACUUUUGUUGAAGUAUCAGUGGCAUGGGGCUGCUUAACAUUGGCACUGUUAACUUUGACAGUUGUUUGGGCCAUUCUGGCAUACUUUCCCAGAUGAUGUUGACUGUUGGAAUACAGAUAUUAAUAAAUGCAAGCAUUGUGUA